AUGUUCUUCGCCAAGACUUUCCUUGUUCUCGCCGCCUUGUCUACCUCUGUCCUCGGCCACGCUGCCGUUGCACCAGCUCUUGGUGCAAAGGGAACCACCGCACAACGUCCGAGCAACGCCAAACCCUGCGGCAACACCGCUCUUUCGGCCAUCGACAGCUCCAACGCCGUGACGCUCAACGGCAACUCGUUCACCGUGACGGCGACCAACUUCAACGGCGGACGGGACGGCUCUACCCAGUUCACCGCCCAAGUCGACCCCACGGGCAAAGGAACCGGGUUCAAAGCCGCGACGGUGACGAAAAACGGCGAGGCCGCGCCCAAGGGAACCGGUAACGUCCAAAUCACCGUGCAGAUGCCGGCUGGUACCAAGUGUACGGGCGGAGCUGCUGGGAACCGGUGCCUUGUUUCGUUCAAGUCGGCCGGUGGAUUUGGCAAUUGCGUGGUAGUCUCUUCUGGUGGAGGUAACGCUGCGGCUGGAGCCAAAGCUGGAGCCAAGGGAACUAAGAACACACGUAGCCGCCUUCAUGCUCGUGAUUUCCUUGCUAGUCUUGAGGAAACGGGCGAGUACGCAAAGCGAGUUAUUUCGCGUGCAUGGGUGUCUCGUGACACUGCUUGA